AUGGUGCCUUAAGAUAAAAGCAUUUAAUAAACUAUUUAACAUAACUUAGAUUUUAGGUUUAAAUAGCAAACAAGCACAUGUUAUAAUAAUAAGAUUUACGUAGGAAAUGGAAAUAAUUUAGUUAUAGUUUUAUUGCUAUGGACAGUUUACAUUACUCUUAGCGUAUAUUUUUUAGCAGUUAUUUCUCCUCACACUUGGGUAGAGUACUCACCUGCAAUCACAAUUAUUGGUAUCUUUAUUUCAAUCCCUGGGUUAUACAAUGCAAUUAAAUGUUAUUUUACAGAUCCUGGUGUACUCAAAAAAGGAACUCAUGUAGAAUAAUAAUAAAAUGAUGUAGAGAAAUAAUAAAAUAUUGAAAAAAAUGCAUAAUUAGAUCAAAACUAAACUAAUAACUAAAAUAAUGUACUUUAAAUAAAUGAUUAAGUUGCUAAGAAUUCUUAGAUACCUGCUGAAAAAAAGAAUGAUGAAAUAUUGAUUGAAACUUAAAAAGUAGUAAUUUGCGAAAAAUCAGAUGUUUAGCAGCAAUAAGCAAACGAAGAAAUAAACAAGAACAUUAUAAAAUUAGAAGAACCUACAAAUAAGGCUAUAAAAGAAUAGCCUUAAUUUAAUGUAGAAUUAAGUGAAAUGAAUCAAGAAAUAAAAGAAAAAAAUAUGAAUGAUUGGGUAGUUUAAAUGUAGACUGGAUUAAGCGAAAUUUAAAAUGGUUUGAAAAGUUGCGACAAAUAAAUCAAUCAGUUAACAUAAAAUUUAUAAAAUUUUGAUAACUAACAAGGAUUUGACAAUAAAAACAUGUAGAAUGUAUUUAUAAAUCCAUUCCCUCCGAAAUUACCUGCAAAUCUCACAGUAAAAUAAUAUGAAGGAGGUAAUCUAUACGAGUCAAGAUAUUGCACUACCUGUAAGCUAAUAAGACCACCUCUUGCAUCUCAUUGCAGUGAGUGCAAUUAAUGUGUCAAAAAUUUCGAUCAUCAUUGCUUUUUUAUGGGAAAUUGCAUAGGAUAAAGAAAUCACAAGAAUUUUUAUUUAUUCUUAUGGUGCAGUUAUAUUUGGGUUCUCUACAUGCUUGCUUUUAGUAUACUCUGCUUUGUUGAUAACAUCAAAUAGAAUAGCUUUGUAUUUGUAUAAUUUUAUCACAAUUAUGUCUUAUUUUACUUAUUUAUUGCGAUAACUGGCUGUCUUCUUUUAUUGGCUGUCCUUAGAUUAAAUAAGGAUUUCACUAAAUUUAUGGUAUUUCCUUUUGUGAUAAUUACACUAAUCUCAUUUAUUUGGAUUGCUUCUUAUCAAGAUGUUAAAUUUUAUAAUAAUCCUGUGAUUCCACUUCUGGGAAUGAUUUUAUAUAUAGGCUCUGCUGCAGGAUUGAGUAAUUUUGCUUUCUUUGACUGUUUUUUAGCAUGUAUAGGAUCAACUUUAAAGGAAGAAACCUAUAAAAAUAAAAUUAAUUAAGAAAAACAAAAAUUUACCUAUGCAUAAGGUUGCAAGACUUAUUAUAAUUUUUUGACUUUUAAACCUCCUAAAAGUGAAAUUUUAGAUGAAUGA